CCAAAUUAGCCCCGACUUUAUGGCCGGUCGAGAGUAGUACAGUUUACUCACACGCACGCGUGCGCAAUUACGCACGCAGCCUACACACGCUCUCUUUGUUGUGAAGUUUACUCAGUUCAACCACUAAUCCAGUUAGCCGAGUCUGUUACACAGACCGGAUAGGCCCCUUGGUCCCCACAUCCCCAGUUGAUGAGUGAGGAUGGUGGAGAGCCGGAGCUGGAUCCAGAGGGAGGGGGUGUACCGCUGGUUCUCCUCCCUCACCUCAGCCCAGAGAGUGGAGUUCCUGUGCGGCCUGCUGGACCUCUGCGUCCCCAUCGAGCUGCGCUUCCUCGGCUCCUGCCUGGAGGACUUGGCCCGCAAGGAUUACCACUCUCUCCGGGAUGCGGAGAUUAAAGCCAACAACCCGGCCGACCUGUCGGGGCUCACCAACAUCACGGACGAGGUGGUGCGCAGCAAGCUGCUGGUCUCCCUCGCCCUGCUCGGCUCGGACAACCGGGAGGCGGCGGGGGUCCUUUACCGGACACUGACGCACAUUGACACGGUGAUCAACAAUUACGGCCUGCCGCUGAACGACGAGCGGACCGAGGAGCAGUUCCUGCUGCUGUUCACCAUGGCCUCCAACCACCCGGCCUUCAGCUUCCACCAGAAGCAGGUGCUGAGGCAGGAGCUCAGCCAGAUCCACGACAUCCUGCAGGUGGGCAGCGGAGGCGGCGGAUGCGGCGGAGGCGGAGGAGAGGCUCAAGCGGCAGGGCUUAGCGGGGAUCGAACAGCCGACUGUUACGCCCAGCAGCAUCAUCACCACCAUCACCAUCAGCCCGUCACCCUGCCUCUGGCCCCCGCCUCCUGCAGCCUACCUGAGGCCAACUCUGCCUACCUGCCCCUGUCUGCCUGCCAGCCCUGCCACACACACUGCUCCUGCUGGCACAAGCUCCCAGGUGUGUGUGUGUGUGUGUGUGUGUACCUGUGCAAAGCCUCUCUCUCUGCAGCUACACCCCGAGGAUGUUGCUAUAAAUACAAGUACGCUCUCAGUCAACUAACGUGGCUAAACAUCGGUUCGUGCAGCAGUGCCAGAUCUGUCUCCGCGCUUUGUUUUAGCUCGGUGCCAGGGCUGCAGAGGGUGGCUCAGCUGGAAGCGAUGCACUCCGAGUUUCUCCAGCCAGGCGCGGCGCAGAUCCACAGCGUGGUGUUCGAGCUUGGCCAGGCCAGGGAGGCCGGCGUGGGUUCAGUCGUCGGGUCAGGGGUCACCGCGGGACGAGCGGACCCUGUGGUCGGCCAGGACCUGCCCCCCCCACAUGCGGACCUCCCUGCUGCUUCUCACCCACCUCCUCCCCUUCCCCCCGGGCAAAGCCAAGAAGCACCAGCACCGGCCAAGAACCACCCAGGGAAGGCUGGAAAAGCGGUGAUUGAGAGGGUGGUGCUGAGAGAAGUCACGCACAAGCCUGAUGACACUGGAGAAUAUAUGCUGGAGGCCAGCUGGUCAGACGGCUGUGUGUCCUCUGUGGUCCGAACUCAGCAGGAGGUGAUGGAGCUGCUGUCCCAGCUAUCACAAGCAUUUCCUGAUGAAGGGGUGGAAAAGUUCCUCCCUCAGUCCCUGGAGCUGGACCCCAGGUGUGUGACGGCGCUGCCCUGCCACAUCCUGCAGCACCACAGCGUCCAGCUCUUCUUCUCCUCCAGCAGGCCGCUGUCGCCCGGCGGUCCUCCUGCCCUGCCCUCCCCCCUGCCGGCCCUCCCCUCCUCCCCCCCCAGGGCUCCGGUGGCCCUCGCCUGCCCCUUCACCUCCAGCAGCAGUCUGGGCUGUUUGCUGCAGUACAGAGGAGCCAACAGGGCGGCGUACGGAGCGGCCAGCGUCCAGCCCGUCGUGACUGUCCACAGCUCCCCCCUGACUCGCUCCAACCCUCACCUCUCCUCUCUCCCUCCUCCUCUUCCCCCCUCCAUGCCUCCUCCCCAGCACUCCCCCCAGCUGUCCUCUCUCCCUCCCCCCGCACCCGUCCAGCCCCCCCAGGCCUCCGAUGGCGCCCCCCAGCUCCAGGCCCACUCUCAGUCCCAUUCUUACUCCCAGCACCACCCUCAGCCUCAAACCAGCAGCCAGCCCGGCGGCCAACCCCAGUCCCAGUCGCAGCCUCAGCACCCGUCCCAUUCCCAGCCAUCGUCCCACUCACAUUCCCAGCCCGGUCCUCAGUCCCACCCGUACCCGCAGUCCCAUGCGCAGCCGUCGUCCCCGUCCCAGUCCCAGGCCAACACCCCAGAGCAGAACGGCAUCCUGGACUGGCUACGCAGGCUCCGGCUCCACAAGUACUACCCCGUCUUCAAGCAGCUCACCAUGGAGGAGUUUCUAGCACUGACAGAGGAGGACCUGAACAAGUAUGAUUUGACCCAAGGAGCCAAGAAGAAACUGAAGACUCAGCUGGAGCUACAGAACAGGGAGAUGAAGAUGGAGAAGCGUUACACAGCCUCUCAGUUCUCUGGGUCCUGCGGUGGCAUUGCCAGGGUGACACCCUCUAGUCACAUGGGGCCCUCACCACACCCGACACCUGGUGCAGGAGAGCUGCGAGUGGAGGUGGAUGCCGUGCCCCACCACCACCCCUGCCCCGUUCCCAGAGACGGCAGCUCCUCCUCUGGCUACUCGAGCUCUCCCUGCUCCCCCCGGACGCCGCUCUGCCGCGAGCUGACCUUCGACAGGGCCAGAGACAUUCACAGACGCACGUCGGGUCCCGACCCAGCAGGUGGCGGUCUGGAGAAGGAGCGGCCGUGCGUCGUUCUCCUCAACACCAGCGGCCCUUCAGGCUCCAGUCGGCCCACAGCGCAGGUCCUCCCCGUCCAGACCGACGCAGCUCCUCCUCUCCCGGCCUCCUGCUCCUCCCAUCACUCCUUUGGCCUCCCUCAGUCUCCCCAGCACCCCCAGGCCAGCUACCCACAGACGCUGCUCUCUCCAGUGUCCAACCCCGCGCGCAUCAUGACCUCCCCGCGCAAGCCCAGGCCUCCCCCCCUGUGCGCGGAGGACAGGGGCAAGCCGCUGGUCUCGGGCAUGCCCGGCGCCGGCGCGGGGUUCGGCACAGGUUUGGGAGUCGGGAUGGGGGUGAGGCUGGAGAACCUGUUCCCGGGGCUGAACAAGGACGGCUCCUCGCCCCUCCAGGAGUCGGUGGUGUGUCGAGGCCUGGCGGGAGGAGGUCUUGGUCUGAUGGUGGAAACGAGCUCCGCUCUCACCUCCACCUCCAACAGCCUCCACCACGUCUCCCACCCGCCUCUUCACUUCCACCUGUCCUCCUCUUCGUCUCCCUCUCCAUCUGGGUACUACUCCUCCUCCUCCUCCCCCUCCCCCUUCCCUUCUUAUUCCUCCUGUUCCUCUACAAAGUCUGGUCCCCAGUCUGGGAGCUCCAGCACCGGAGGGGUAGGAGGAGGAGGUGGCUUUGUUGCUAUGCCAACCGCCAGCAGCGUCCCUGUGGCGGCGGUGCCCGGCAACACCUACUGCCUCCCUCAGCCUACCUCCAGCCCCUCCCCCUCCCCUUCCUCCUCCUCUUCGGUGGACGGCCCCGCCGCCAACCAAGGCUCAGGCCACGCCUCCUCCGUGUGCGUGUGCAGCUCGUGCGGCUGCCGGGGGAACUGUGGGGCGUACGGGGCGUUACCCGGGUACGCGGCGGCCGGGUACCUGCAGCCGUUCUCAGCCGGCCCCUCCCUCUUCACGCUGGGUCCCCUGCUCCAUCUGAGCCCGCUGAUAGCCACAUCCAGCGCCGCCGGCAGCAGCACAGUGCCCUUCUCCUACCCGAUGGUGGCGCCGCCAUCUCUCUACCGCCAUAGUCCUGUGUCACAUGACCAACAGCAGGGCUUCAGCUUCUACCAGCCCCAUGGCAUGCUGGGAAACGGCGGCCAGAAGCGGGCAUCAGGGAACUUGUCCUGUUAUAACUGUGGCGCCGGCGGGCACAGAGCAGAGGACUGCAAACAGCCGCCCAUGGACUCGAUCCAGCAAGGGAUGUUCCGCCUGAAGUACACUCCUCACUCCGACAGCAAGGACUCAGGGGACUAACGGCGAGGCACACCCGGGGGAUCGGAACCAGCGACUGCGCCUCGUGUUUUUCCUGAAGUUCCCGGGCAGCGGCCACAGAGCUGAAAGGAACAGAUGACGCGGCCGCUUGCUGGUGCUUUCUAGUGAAGAGCCAUUCUGUUUUUGCUUUUCUCGUCAUUCUUUUAGGAGACGCCAUACCUUAAGAGAGCCUUCGGCCGUGAUCACAGGAAGGAGAGAGCAGGGAAAAACAAGGGGACGAGUUGCUUUUUCAUCGUAUUUAUUAUGCAUUACUAAGGGAUAGAGGAGGGUGGGUGAGGAAGAGGAGGAAUAAGAACCAGAUGGAAGAGGGGAAGGGAGGCGGCACACGGACGAAUCUGAGAGGAAACUGUUGUCAGACCUCGGUGUGACGGUUUGUGUGGCGUCUCUCCUCACGUCCCCCCUGAUGUCAGCUCCACCUUCAUGUCCCAGACGACAGCAGCGGCACAAACAAUCCAAACCGGCGCGAGGAAAUGCACUUCCUGGUGUGUCGUGAUACUCUGAUCACGUAAACAUGGAGGCCGGCCAAGAGGCUCAGAAUAUCCGAGACUGUGUCAGUGAUGCGGAUCUGGAUGGAAAUGCCUGUUUUACAUUUGACCCAUCCUCUUCCUGUAAGUGUCUUUGAGACAGUUCUCAAACCAAAGACGGUGUGCGUUCACAUGCACUCCAGCGUCUCCUUCACGUCGUGGAUUCUCACAUUUUACGAGCGCGUCCCGAGCGUCGGAGCCUGUUACAGUGAGCCAGAGGACACACCACGCCUGGGACAUACACACAGGCGUCAUCGGCACGUAUCCCGGUCCUCAUUCGGAGGUCAGAUCGUCGGUCACGAGUGACGUUCAGCUCUCUGACCGCUUGUAUUUUCCGUUGUGCUGCAUGAAUACGACUUGAUUUCUUUUCAAAUCAAGAGUCGACUCAGGACAGGACAGCAGGCGCCGGCACACACUCGCUCUCCCGCCAGGACAGAGUCAGCUUUACAGUCCCGCUCUCCGUUCAGUCUGCUGUCAUUCGGUUCGGCUCACAGCUCAUGUAGAAUCCGGGUUACAGCGUUUUACAGUGUCAAGGGUGUAGAAUGAAAGAGGCGUAAGUGACCUUUUUCCUAAUUUUAUGGAAAACUUUCGUUGAUUGCACCUGUCAUUUUCCAGCAUGAGAACCAUUCAAACCUUUGCAGAGAUCAGAGCUGUUUGUUGCAGUUUGUCAUUGAAUUUGGUGGUUUUUGGGUCGUUUCAGUUUCAGCUUCACUCUUUUGACCAUCACACAGACCUCAACAGGAGCGUCCCAGUCACAUAUAAUGUUCGUUUUUGGCCGACGUGCCCCUUUGACCCUGGUUCCCGUUUGGGACCCGUCACAAUGAUCUGCUCGCUCCUCCUUGGACAAAAGAGGAGAGAUAAUCCACUUCCAGUUUAUUCCUGGUUGAUUUGAUUCAGAGCAUCGUGAAAAAAGUGUGAGCGUGUCUAAUGUACAUGGAUCGAGGUGAUGUGUGCUCCAACAGCAGUUGGAUUGAGAACGGUUCAGCUUGGUCUUCAGCGUUGGUUAGGAUUGUUAGUGGAACCUCUACCAGCCGCCUUCCCGCCCACCUUAUAGUGAACCCUGCCGACGGUGCCUGGGAUUGAACCCGACCCAUCAACUUUGGCUUGUUAUUCAGCCUCUCUACCUCUGGGCCAGCCUGAAUGUGCCAAAUACUGCUCCCCUGUCCCGAGGCAGCGUGGCAGAGCUGCCGGGACGCUCUCCGCUCACCACCAUGUCAGAACAUUUUUCAAAAUAGAACAUCUCCACAUCACCAUUUUUUUCUCCUCAUGAUGAGGGACAGUAAAAAAAAAAAAAAAAAAAAAAGUGCCAGAGUUCACAUCUCUCAGAUUCAGUCAUCCAUAUUGUUGUUUUUCACAUUGUUGAUGGGUUUUCAGUGUUGAGCUGCCAGGAAACAAGUGAAAAACAGAAUAGAGCAGUGCCUCUUUGUCAUAAAUAUGUACAACAACAGUGUACACGGGUGUCUGAGUUUGUGAUUGUUUCAAGGUUUUGAACUUGUUAUUUUAUUGGACCGGUGCCUUUAAGGAUGUUUGCCUCCUUUCUGGUUUAAUGAAGCAGUGAGGACUGUCUGACAGAAUGUGGGUACAUUUCUAAAGAUAGAUUUGUUGUCAGAAUGAAUGUUAAGUUGAGAAUGGCGCCACCUGGCUGUGGCCAGUGAAGCACUUUUCACCUGAGUGAUGGAGGUGUAGGCAGAGAUACAGGCUGGACACACACAGUGUUGCCAGUGAAAGCCAACAGAGGUGACACACAGAGAGUUAUUUGAUUUUUAAUUUUUUUUUUUUUGAGAAAUAAUAUAUUUGCCAAUCAAUAAAUGCGACUUAUCCUUCUCAAUGCUUAACAGAUGACUGCUGGAGCAGCUUCCUGGCAGCACUGUUCAAACUGUCUCCCGGUGUGUUCAAGGCGUUGACUUUACGUGUGUGGCCGGGCAGGACCCGGUGUGUUAAGACACAAGGACAGCCGGUCCUUCAGAUAAAACUGUGCCUGUACCCCUGGAGGGAACAGCGCCGAGUACAUGGGAUGCUUAUUUAAAAUGGUAAACACUAAAAAUAUGUAAACCAAUCAUGACUUAUGUAUGCGGGUGUAUGUGAACAGAAUCGAAAAACAAUCCUGUUGUGAUAUCAAAAAUGUGUCGUCUCUGGAUUUUCGUCUAAAAGCCAGUAACGGGACACUGAAGUUGCCUGGCUCGAAAUCAACCAAACACCUGAACAAACGGUCUCGCCAUCAAGGACUCUGUGAAUUGUGGAAUUCAUGGGCCUAAGCUGCGUCUUUAAUUUUCAUUUCAGUUUCUGCAUUUUUGAAUCAACACAAACGUACAUGACACAUUAGUUUCCAGUGGUUUUGCAGCACCGGAAGAUAUUUCAGUGUUAUUUUCAUCUAGGAAAUGCAAGGUUCUUAUGUGGCAAAAUAUUACUUUUCUGGUGGCAGAUGACAAGUGAGAAACAACUCUCUUGUGUGACUGUUUGAAACGUACCUUGGGCUGCCAUUGGACAAACUCAGUGUUGUUUUUUACGUGGCGUCCGGUGGGUGGAGCGGCGUCAGCACUGCCAAGGCCACGGUUCACUUUCCACUGCAGUUUUAUGUGCUUGGCGGGCCUUUGCCUUCGUAAUGCGUUCAUCAGAAGUCAUAGGUUUUAUAAGGUCUAGGAUUUUUUCGAGUAAUACAUCAUGAAAGCGAAAUCGAGAGAUCGGAUUUUUUUUUGUUGUUGUUUGUUUGUCAUGUGACUUUAAUCCCGGCCCGUUCAGGAGGAUUACAGAGCCAGGUACACUGACUUACAGCAUGCAUGUUGCUUCAUCUUUAAUAAAAUGUGCUUUUGGAAAUAUUUGCAGAUGUUUGAACACAGUUUGAACACAUGAUCUUGUUCAUUUCUUAGGUCAAAAUUUUGUAUUGCUUAGUGUGUUUUCAGACCUGUUUUAUAUUUUGCAUCAGAAUUUUGAGGGUACAAAAAAAAAAAAAUAUUUGAAUAAUAAAA